GUCGGAGCGGAGCGGAGCGGUGCGGAGCGGAGCGGAGCGGUGCUGUGCGGCUCCGCACGGCCCCGGCAGGAGGCGAGCUGCCGCCGGCCCCGCUGCCAUCACGUGGCCGCCGGGUUUUCUCCCCGCAGCGGUAUGAGGAAGUCACAGCCGCCGCCGCCGCCGUCCGCAGCCUCGGCGGGCGCAGCCUCCGCCGCCGCCUCCCCGCCGCGCGCUAUGGUGGCUCCGAGCCGCGGUCGCCUCCCGGCGUGAAGCCGCCGUCGCGAUGGAGGAGCCCCCGGUGGCAGAGGAGUGGCAGGGGGCGACCCAGAAGAGGAAGGCCUGGGCCAAGAGCCGGGACUCCUGGCAGGCGUCGGAAGCGGAGGACUUCUCGGCAGCGGCGGCGGAGCUGGCCCGCGGCGAGGAGGAGGAGGAGGAGGAGGAAGACGACGAGGAAGAGGAGGAGGAGGAAGAGGAGGACCACCUCGCCGGCGGCAAGCUGCCGCUGGCCGCAGAAGCAGGCCACAGCGUGCCCAACGAGAAGAUCGCGAUAUGGCUGAAGGACUGCAGAACGCCUCUGGGAGCCUCCCUGGAUGAGCAGAGCAAUCCUCUGUUGAAGGGCAUGCUGGUGAGAAAUGGAGGAAGUUUUGAAGAUGACUUAUCCCUGGGAGCCGAAGCUAACCAUCUACGGAGUGAUACCCAAAUGGAAACAUGCAAUGGUAUGCUGGCGAAGGAGAGGAGGCUUCAGUUCCACCAGAAGGGGAGAAGUAUGAACUCCACCGGCUCUGGAAAAAGCAGUGCAACUGUUUCAAGUGUUUCUGAAUUACUGGAGCUUUAUGAGGAAGAUCCUGAAGAAGUACUCUAUAACCUUGGAUUUGGAAGAGAUGAACCAGAUAUUGCUUCAAAAAUUCCAGCAAGGUUUUUUAAUUCAUCAUCAUUUGCCAGAGGAAUAGAUAUCAAAGUGUUCUUGAAUGCCCAGAUGCAGCGCAUGGAAGUGGAAAAUCCAAAUUUUGCUUUGACGAGUCGUUUUCGCCAGAUUGAAGUGCUUACUACUGUGGCCAAUGCUUUUUCCUCUUUGUAUUCUCAAGUCUCUGGGACUCCGUUGCAGAAAAUUGGUAGUAUGAACUCAGUGUCUUCCAGCAAAGAAGCUUCCAGCCCUCCCCCUUUAAAUCGCAGCAAUACAGCCAGUCGGCUAAUAAAGACUUUGUCUAAGCUCAAUCUGUGCAUUGCACAGCAGGCCGAUGGUAGUGGCUGUCCUAUACCUUCACCUGUUGAAAAAGCGAAAAGUCCAACUGAACCAGGGAGUGAGGAAAAUGAUGCUAAAAAUGAAUCCAAGUUACAAAAACACUCUAAAAAGAAAGACUCUCCCUCUUUUCUGGCUACUGUAAAAGAGGAGAUAGCCAGUAGUCACAUGAAUGCUACAGACGCUCAAAAACCCGCAAGCCUGCUUGCUGGAACUGAUGAUAAGCAAGAGAAUACUGUGCCUACGGCAGACGUGCAAAAUAGCAGGCUGGCAAACCCCCAGGAAAGACUGUGUGAAGAAUCUGGUCUUUUGGACUCUUCCAACGCCAGCAGCAGUUCCAACAUGUCCAACAGCAGCACAUCCGAAAGUGGCACCCCGACACAAAGGCCUCCUGUGGCAUCACCAGGUAGAGAGCCCUGCAUUCCCCUUGCAAACCCCUCCAUAAUGAAUCUCAUGCUUCAGCAGAAAGACUCCUUCGAGAUGGAAGAGAUCCAGAGUACAGAGGGAGAUUUACCACACGUUCCAGCUUCCCACCAGCUGGCGGUGACCAAAUCAAGGAAAGAUCAGCUGUUACGGACUGCUAGUCAGCAUUCGGAUAGUAGUGGCUUUGCUGAGGAUUCUUCCACAGACUGCUCUCCGUUUAACCAGCUUCAGGUUCAGGAGUCUUUGCAAGGCAUGGGGAGCAGUGCUGACAGCUGUGACAGUGAGACAACCGUGACAUCGCAUAGUGAGGAACAGAAGACACCAAUAGCCAAGGAACUGCCCUGUUUCAAUAAGUUUGAGGAGGAGGAAGAAGAUGAAGAGGAAGAAGAGGAGGAUGAUGAAGAUGAAGAGGAUGAUAUCUCUCAAGUAGAGAAAGGAAAGUUAGAGGCACAUUCUGAAAACAGAAGGAGAGAUGAUAAAAAAAUCCAUGACUAUGAAACUGAACAAAAUGGAGGAGAAAGAAAGUCAUCUUAUGUGUCAAAGACAGUUGCAGGAGAGGUCAGUUCUAAAGAGGAACAUGUUUCCAGUGAGCAAAAGGAAUUGGAGCUGCUGGAGGAAGGCAGUGAUGAAAGUGAUGUUGACAAAGACAAUGUAUUUGAAUUUCCUCAGUAUCAAACACACCAUAUCCUCAAGUCACUGGAGUCUCUGGAAGGUGGCAGCUCCUCCCCGUCAUCUGUGGACAGGGUUCAUGUUGCUUUGCAAAGGGCCCAGAUGAGGAUCAUCACCACAUCUGAUUCCAGGGCUGGACGUGCUUUCCUGAAGUCAAAAGAUCUCCUGAGGAAGCAGAGACAAUGGUUUGCUGAAUCGGGCUAUCCUCUAAGGCGGUCUCAGUCUCUCCCAACUGCAUUACUGAAUCCAGUAAAAGUGGUGUCCUCUGUGAACGUCCAGUUAGCUCCCGGAAAAGAGACUCUCUGUGGUCCUCCUUCUUUCACUUACAAGUAUACACGUGUGGAGGAAGAUGAGAAACUGACGUCUGAGGAUGACAAACAGGAGGGUAAGGCAGCUGCCAGCCAGCCUGUGUGCAAAUCUACGCUGUUCAUUGCACCUUCGUCCUCCAAAAAAGAAGUUCCCCAGGCUGGGCCCCGCAGGCUGUCUGAGGAGCCCAGUCCCACCAGGGGACAGAGCUGCCCACUGCACACGCCAGCACACAUGUCCCAUUCAACAUGCUCCCUCCACUCCCUUCCCACCGAGUGGCAGGACAGACCACUCUGUGAGCACGUGAGGACGCUGAGCACCCACAGUGUCCCGAGCAUCUCCGGUUCUUCCUUCAGCUCCUUGCUUUCCCCCUUCGGCUGUCCCUUCUCUCCAAGGCACUCUGGAUAUCCUCAUCGACCUCAUGCUAUCAAUCCGCCUUCCACCGUGGAGAUGCAAUUGCGCCGAGUCCUACACGACAUCCGAAACUCCCUGCAGAACCUCUCACAGUACCCAGUGAUGAGGGGUCAGGAUCCUUCAGCUGCCACCGGUUACACUACUCAGAGAUCAUCUAUUCUACCUCUCUAUGAAAACACUUUCCAGGAGCUACAAGUUGUAAGGCGAAAUCUAAAUUUAUUUAGAACCCAAAUGAUGGAUUUGGAAUUGGCUAUGUUACGUCAACAGACAACAGUUUAUCAGCACAUGACAGAAGAGGAAAGAUAUGAAGCUGAUCAGCUGCAGAGCUUGAGAAAGUCUGUCCGCAUGGAGCUUCAGGAGUUAGAGAUGCAGUUAGAGGAACGUCUACUUGCUUUGGAAGACCAGCUGAGAAGUCUGCACAUGUCUUCCCCUUACAGACAUCAAACACAUGUAGGUAUGUAUGGUAGCAGAAGUGCUGACAAUCUAUCAUGUCCUUCUCCACUGAAUGUCAUUGAACCAGUCUCGGAACUUAUGCGAGAGCAGUCCUUUCUGAAGUCUGAACUGGGUUUGGGACUGGGAGAUCUUGGACUGGAAACUCUACCAGCAGAGGGUACAGAGUCCGUAUUCUCCCAUGGAAACUCUGAUUCCUCCUCAGUGUGCUCCACUGCAAGUAGAAAAGCUGGUGUUGGAUCUUCUGAGCUAACGGGAAAGUCUAAGAGUCAAAGCAAGAAGUUGUACCGAGCCUCUGUUGCCUUAACACCAGCACCCCCAGUGAGAGCAGGCACUGGACAGCAGGUGGAAAGCUCUGAGGAGCUUGCAGACUCCAAGCUGGAGGUGGAGCAGAAACUCGAAAAAGUCCCUCGAAUGCCUUCAGUUGAUGAAAUCCACAAAAGUGUGGAGCAGGAAGAGCUGCAACAAGUUAUACGAGAGAUCAAGGAAUCUAUUGUUGGUGAAAUAAGGCGAGAAAUAGUAAGUGGAUUGUUAGCAGCCGUAUCACCCCAAAGCAGAUCUGCAGCUGCAAAACAAGAUGCACAGCCCUGAAAUGGGUACUACAGGUUGGAUGUAGUCCGAAAUGCUGUGGAAUUCUGCUUUGGGUGGCAUACACUGGCAAGUGUCAAGUUGUUUUUGCUUCAGGAGACGUUAAAGCUGCUGAGAUAGGCUACUGUAUUCGACGCUUGGUUCUAUGAUGUGUGCCUUUCCUUGAGUUCCUAUCUAAAGACUUAGACACUUUAACUAGUUUAUUACUUUCCAUAAAGCAUCAACAAAACUGUGGCUCUCUGAAAGGUUUUGUAUUUAUUUGUAUGUCCCUGUUGUAAAUUUUUUUGUAGCUAAUUUCUUUUAGUGAUGCAUCAUGAAACUUGAAAAUUUGCAGACUUAACCAAUUUAUAAAUAACACGCUCACGUUCAGCCUUUUUUAAAAAAAAUAAAAAGAAAAAAAAAAGGAAGAAAAAAAAACACACAAAAAACACUGACCUCUAUGAGGUAUUUAUUGUGCAAUAACUGAUCCACUUUGAGAGCUUGAAACAACCAAUAAUUGUUUCCACUGCUGUUACUUAGUGCCACUUCAAACGAAGGAAAAUAUCCUGUUGAAAAAAAUUGCUGUUAAUUCUUGGGGCGGUUACUAUUAGCAGAGUGGUUGAAUGACAUGAGGUUACUUAAAACUACUUAAAGUUCUGACACUGAAAGCCUUAUCUUUGUGUAGAAGACAACUUUUAACUAAUUUUAUUUGCUUCCUUACUGUUUGUUUGCCCAUCCCUCUGUAGAAAAGUGCCUUAUUUAAGCACUGUUUUUGUCUUUGUGUUGACUGCUCUCAGUCAUUCCAAGAAAAGGUCUCUUCUGAUUUAUAUUAACAAAAUGCAAUAAAAGUACUGAUAUUCUGAAAGUAAUUAGGAUGUGCAACUUGGAAUGGAUGAAUUACCUUGCUUGUAUUAUGGGGAAAAUGGAAAAAAAAUAAAAUAAAAUGUUUUCCUUCCCUAUACUUCACUGAUUCUAUUUUCAGUUAGACUAGUGAACAUGCAUUUGUUCCAGUGGAGAAAAUUGGAAGUCAUUGGAGGUUUUAUGUGGUCAAAUAGACACUUAGUGGAUAUGUAAUAUCCCAUUUUGCUGUGCUUGGAAUUUCUUUACUCCUUUGCCAUUUCCAGCAACUAAAACUCUUUACUGUGUCAAGGUCUUUAAUCAAAAAUAGUUUCAAAAGUAACAAUAUUAGAAGAAAAAGUUUAUAAGAAUUUUAUUGUGUUAGGAAGACACACAAGGGCUGAUUUCUUUAAAAAAGUGUAUAUUAAACCAAUAAAAUAUUUAUUUUGCCUAUAA